AAACAAGUCUUUGAACUCUGGGCUAUCUUAAACUAUAAAAGAAGCGGUGAACUCUUAACACGAAUUAGUUGAACGUAUUCACUGAAACACUUAAAAUGAAAAUAACAAAAUCAUCGAUUGUCUUGGCAAUGCUGUUGCUGUGCGUGAACACAAUCUCAGCACAUAGGAAAUUUGGCGGUGGCUUUAAAGGUGGUUUCGGUGGAGGUUAUGGAAUACCCGUUGGUGUACCGGUGGGAGUUCCAGUAGGUGUACCAGUUCCUGUGCAACAACCCGUCCCAGUUCCAGUACCCGUACAUACACCUGUGGCCGUACCCUAUCCCGUACCUGUUGGUGUUCCUGUUAAGCAUGGCUUUGGUCAUGGGCAUGGUUUUGGUCAUGGCCAUGGAUUUGGUCAUGGAUACGGUGGUGGUCUGGGUGGAUAUGGCGGUGGAUUGGGUGGUGAUUUUGGCGGCGGUUUCUCCCAAAGUUACUCAUCCAGUUAUGCCAGCAGUUUCAGCGGUGGUUUAGGUGGUGGCUUCCUCAAAAAAUAGUUUUUUUUUUUUUCUCUGCCUCCGUGUAAAACUUUUGUUGUUAAUUUAUUCAAUUAGUUAUAGAAGAACGUAGUUGUUGUUGUACAAAAAACUACAAAAAGUAAAUAAAUGCUGUGCGUAUGUUGUAUAGAUUUUAAUGUAAACAAAA